AUGAAGCCUAACGUUUGGAACAUAAGGGAUGUUUUGAAUAUCCCACCAACCUGUAUGGGGACCAAAACUGGUUCCACCAGUGACUACUCCAGCCUGACUGAUUCUCAGUUUUUGUUUGGAUCUCAGUUUUGGCCCGAUAAUUCUCAAAGCUUUCCCCAGGACAUAAGUGGGCCAUCCAAAAGUUCUCGACAGGGCUCACAGGAGAUAAAUGAAAUGAAGGUAUCAACCAGUUACAACUCCAAGCCUUUGCUAUUUGGAGAUGGAAACGCAACACACAGCACUGGUGGGAAAGCCAAGGGCAUACUAGACAAGUUUGAAGAGGAGAAGCGAAAGGCCAAAGAGAGUGAAAUUCUCAUUCAGGGCAUCAGACAGUUGCAGGAAAAUCUGGAAAAUAUCAAAAGGACGUUUUUAAACUGCUUUGAUGGAAACUGUGAUAUUACCCGAAAAGCUGUAGCUGAAGGAGUGGAUAGUUUUAAAAAAACAAUUUGGAAUGAUUUAGACAUAAUAAAGGAGAGCAUAUCAAGUCAAACUGAAAUGCUGAUGAAUCUGCAGACCAAGACCCAUACAGAGAUGAAGGACAUUGAGAAUAAGGCUACAAUGGCUAUAACAGGUUUGCGCACAAUCGUACUUGGUCUCCAGCGGGAUAUGGAAUUGCUGCGAGUAGAACAGAGUAAGGAGCAGAAUGUGCUUGGAGAGAUACUGUCUCUGCUCAGCACUAAAAUGACUGCACACUUCAGUGGACCUCAUACUAGCCAUGUCAGAAUGAUUGAAAACGCUGUCCAGACAUCACCUGAUCUUUUGGAGAGGUUUGGUGUCAUUUCGGAGGAGAAGUGUUAUUUUAAAAGUAUGAGGGUGUGCAGUGGGGACAUUACUCACCCAGAAGAAAGGGUAGACAAAAUUGCGGAGCCUGUUGAAGCAAAAUGUCUAGAUAAGCUCAGCACAGGAGAAUCUUUGCCGAUCUUAAGCCAUCAGCCUAUUGAGAAUCCACGGCCAUUUAAUCACACCGCAGUGGAGAUGUCUGAGCCCAGUACCUGGCAGAAGACUUGCUGCACCCACUCAGUUAUGACCAGUGCUGCAAGCCCUACUGCUGUCAGUGCUGUUAUUCAAGCUCCUAUAAGAGGUAACAUGGUUGGAACCUCUGUGCAUUUUGAACCAUUAAAAUCUUUGGGUAAUAUGGAUGAGAACGCCUCAGCAAACUGGACUGAAAUAUCCAGGCAGAAAAAAGUUUCAAAGAGAGGACAGAGAAUCCAGCCUUUUAGGAGGAAGAAGAGAGCUCUGAUUCUGCCACAAAGGAGGUCUACUAACAGGAUGGCGUUGGUUAAUGUAUUUGAGGAGAACCAGCAUGAUGAUGAGCAAGAAAACAUGGUCCCUUUCCCAACAGUCAAUGUCUACUGGAAAACAAGCAAGAAGACUGUUUCAGAGAACCAUCUACAACCUCAGCAGGAAUGUCCAAUUAGGACUGAAUCUGAACAGCACCUGAAUCCUUGGUUAUGGUCCCAAAGCAGCAACAGCUCUCAGAUGAUGAUGAUGGAAUGCCAGAAAGCUGAAUUGAAGAGAGCAAAGUCUGAACACAACACUGAUGCCAUAAAUGAUCAGAGAGGCAUCUGGCAGCUCUUUGACUUCAUCAGUGACUCUGACUAAGGUAAUGCUGCUUUAUGAGUUGUGUUGUUUUUUUAAACAAACCGCAAACAUCCUAUUUCCAGGACUUGUUUAGAAUGUUAUUACUUGUCUUUCUUUAAGACUUUGAGAGCAUUGAUUCCAGUUGUUGUGGUUCUACAACCUUUUAUCCUAGUAGACACUACUUCCUUGCACAACAGCAAUGUUUACAUUAGUCUUGUUUUAAAUAAAUGUAUGUCAGUUUUAAAUUCACAAAACAGGUUUUUAUAUUUUGUUUCCUGUAGUACUGUUUUCAUGUAAGGUAAUGUUUUUCAGGUCUUUGAUAUAUUCUAUUUAACCCCAAUAUAAGAGCUC